AUGGCUAGUUGCAAGCAUGUUUUCAUGUUGGCUUUAAUUGUAACACUGUCUUUGUCAAGCAUAAAUAUGAGCUUCGCAGCUCGUCAACUAUUGCAAACGCCUGCAGCUCCACCCCCAGCGUUGACGCUGCCUACAGUUCCAUCUCUGCCAACAUUGCCUCCAUUGCCCUCAGUGCCAACACUGCCUCAAGCUACAUCGCCACCACUGCCUAGCACUCCAUUGCCAACUUUGCCAACUCAACCAACUCUGCCAAGGACCACAUUGCCACCAUUGCCAAGCACCCAAAUCCCCUCCUUACCUAAUCCGACUUUGCCAACAGUUCCUAAGGUGACUCUUCCUCCUCUGCCAGCCACUCCAUUGCCCACCAUCCCUACAACAAUCCCAUCAAUCCCUACCAUUCCAACCACAAUUCCAUCUAUUCCUUUCUUCUCCCCACCCCCAUCAAACUGA